AUGGAGGCGCCGGCCGAGCUGCUGGCCGCGCUGCCCGCGCUGGCCACGGCGCUGGCGCUGCUGCUCGCCUGGCUGCUGGUGCGGCGCGGGGGGGCCGCCAGCCCGGAGCCCGCGCCCCCGGCCGAGGCCCGCGGGACCCCCGCACCGCCCGGCCCCUGCGCCCCGGAGCCCGCGGCCGCGCCGGAGGGCCCGGGGGAGCCCGAGGGCCCGGGGGAGCUCGCGGCGGCGGCGGCGGCGCCGGUGGAGGCGGAGGAGCAGGCCGCUGAGGCCAGGCAGGAAGAGGAGCCAGAGCUGGAGCCGGAGCCACAGCCGGAGCCGCAGCCGGAGCCGCAGCCAGAGCCGGAGCAGGAUGGCCCGGAGGGACCAGCCCAAGCAGGGCCUGAGGAAGAGGACGGGGGAGAGGUCUUCUCCUUUAAAUACAGCCCGGGGAAGCUGCGGGGGAACCAGUACAGGAAGAUGAUGACCAAAGAGGAGCUGGAGGAGGAGCAGAGAGUGCAGAAGGAGCAGCUGGCGGCUAUCUUCAAGCUCAUGAAGGAGAACAAGGAGACGUUUGGGGAGAUGUCCGACGGCGACGUGCAGGAGCAGCUCCGCCUGUACGACAUGUAGGCCGCCUGGCCCGCGAGGCCCUGUCCCUUGCUGGCCCGCCUUCAGUAGGCCGUCCCUCCGCCUUCAGUAGACCGUCCCUCCGCCUACGUAGCCGUAGAGGCGUAUCACACAUGGAUUGCGCGGUUCCCACAAUUUAGGCCUCAUUUUACAGGAAUCGGGAUCGUUGUCCUCAGAGUUCGACUUGUUUGCUAAGAGAAUGCUCCCCUGCUGCUCGCACCCAUGCAGUUACGGAAGCUUCCAGAAAGCCUUCUGAAGCAGAUUGAGGGCGCGGCAGGACCCAUUGCCCAUCUCCCCCAUAGCACCCCUGAAUCCUUUCCACACCAAGUGCCCAGUGGGGGUGGGGGUGGGGACCGUGCCAGUGGCGCCCAGCUGCUGCCCGCACCGGCUCUGAGCGUCCUUUUAGCAAAAACUCUAACUCAACACCCCCCUUCCAUGCUGGAACAGAUCAGUGCUCUCAGAGUUGAGACCCCCCGAGAGCUUCUCCCAUUUAAGCGUGAGCCUUCCUUCACCCAUGAGGAAGGCAGGCUCAUUUGAGUUAUUGUGUACCCAGAACGAUGCUCGCUGCUAGAUAGAGCAGUCAAGGCUGCGACACGGUGCCCACCCUUAGGGGGACUACGGUCACCCAGAGAAGACACGCAUAUGCGCGCGGAGGGAGCAUCUCCCCAGACAGCAUGCAGUGCUGUCACCCCAAGGUGACCUGAAGAGACAGUGUCUGGGAGGCCUUAAGGGGUCAGUCCCCUCCCAGGGGUCAGCCAGCAUGGGAGGAUGCAAAUGCAGCAGCUCCCUGGGCUGCACGGGCCCUGGUUUCUGUUCACCCCAUUAGCAGGAAAACUCAGAGCACGUGGAGUUGGGGGUGGGGGUGGGGGCAUCUGCUAAAGAGAGGACCUAUGAAGUUCUUACCAAUAUUUUGUAUUUGCUGAAAUAAAGCUAAGUCAACACAAUGAA